CCGCAUUCCGACUUGCCUACCUGUGUUGUUCUUGUCACGUAAUAUUUAGAUAGUGACACAACAUAGCGGUUUCACCCAAUUGUUAAUCGUCUCUGCGACAGGAGAUACGAUUCGUUGUUUGUUUUUAAACGAACAUGCGCGACUGACGAGGUCGCUGAGUGUCACGUUCUCGGGGGCGCAAACGGCAAAUAUCACCAUCAGCUCGCCAUUAGGAGAAAGUGAGAAAGUGAGAGUGAGAAUGAGAGUCGGUCUUCUAGGUCCUGGCGAACACGACUUACAUCUGGGAUAGCAGACGUCAGCCACCACAUGCGCCUGUUGGCGUCUUGGCCUCCAGAUGGUGUGGAUGAAUGAACUAUCAGGAGCGACUGAAGAGCAAGAAGACAGCUGGCUUGACAGAAGGUUGAGAGGAGGAAACCAGCUGUUGCAAGGACGGGGCGACAGCAGACAGGAGGUCGAGAGAAACAGUCUUAGGCAAGGAAGAACAGAUAGCCAGGGCCUGAACCAGCUGUCUCAAGGACGCCAGAUAAAGUAGGACGUUCAAGCAGAAGAGGAAACUGUCAGUGCCUUCAAAAUGGUACUUGGCAAGGGUCAAGACCAGACGCCUGACAAGGCCUUUGCUGUCCCCCUUGCUUCGCCUGCCCCUCUGGCCACUGACCCCGGCGCAGUGACCUCUCAGCCUUCGGCCGAAGAGACUCAGUCCGCCAAGGUCACGUCUGUUGACUCUCACACCGCAAGUGAUAUUUCCCAGACUACUGCCGAUGGUUCCGAGACGAUGCAGAUAGACGUUGCUGACCCUGACACCUCUCUGAGUACUAUAACAAGCUCCCAGCCUACAACUUCUGACCUGAAGGCCCCUCAGCCCGCAAAUGCACACAAUGAGGGUUCUGUAAGCACGGUGGCCGAUUCCGAGUCCCCUCAGGCCAAAACUGAAGGAAUUGACACUUCUGGCCCCAGUGACCACAACAAUGAGCCCACACAAGACUCAGCCACCAUAUCUGAAGCCUCACAGACAUCAAAAAGCAGGACUGAUCCCAUUCAAACUAUUAUUGCUAGUUCCAUGACCUCCCAGAUGUGUGAUUCAAGCACCGUUACUUCCCAUAAUACUAAUACUCUUCCUGAGACCCCACACACUGCACCCAAAAAUAAGACAAAGAAAAGGGGAGGAGGGAAAGGUAAACAAAAGGCAGAAGAGAUUGUUGAAGAACCGGCAAGCAGCACAGGAACAACUGCCGCCAGUAACCCCCGGGUUGCCUCGUCACCACCUAGGUUCUUGCGAGUGAAGGGCCCCAAUGGUCAAGUGACCACGUUCAUGCUGGUGGGCCCGAAUGCAGGACAAGGCCCACCCCAGUUUUUUGGACCUCCACCAGCGGGACCUCCUCCCCAGGGCUACGUGCCCCCAUAUCAGCCACCACCACAAUACUCCCCUGUGGUGUCUCCGCCAUUGACACAAGCCUCGCCACCACCUCACUACACCCAGAAGUCAGAACGGCACAUGCGCCAGUAUGAAAAACCGCGAAAGUAUUAUCAGCGACAGCCGCAACACCAGCAUGUUAACAAAUCAGGAACAAGCAGCCUACACAGCACCCCUCCCUUAUCCCCUAAGAAAGAACUACUGCCCCGGAAGAAUGCUGGAGAAGAAGAGAUCCAUGCUGAGGAUGGUGAGGACCCCAGAAACAACCUUCACCUCCUCCUGUCUCAGGUUAAACCCCCCAAGGUGAUAAACUUGACUCCCUAUGAAGCUGUUCUCCAGUGGUCAGCACCGGAGGUAAGCAGUCAGCAGCAGGAGGAGAUCCCAGUCUCAGAACUCCUGUAUGAGGUCUUCCUAAACAACAGCCUGCACAAGUCCAUUGCUGCUACGCAAGUUACGAUUAGUGGGCUCAAACCGGCCACGGAAUAUAGGGUCUACUUGCAAUGUGUAUGUGGAGGUGUGCGUGGUGAUCCAACCAACGUGACUCCGUUCCACACUCAUUCUACUGUGCCCGACACUCCACAGCAACCUAGACUUGCAUAUAGAACAAAAACAUCAUUACAAUUCAGAUGGGGUGCUGUUAAAGAGAAUGGUUCAAGGGUGACAGCUUUUGUCCUUGAGCUGUACGGAGGUAGUGGUGGGAAAUGGGAAGAAGUGUUUAGAGGGCGAGGAAAGCAGCACACUAUCACUAAACUCACCCCCAACACUCGCUACCAUGUCCGUCUGGCUGCAGUCAAUGAUCAUGGGCAGAGUGACUUCAGUCCGGAGGCAGUGGCAUUUACAAGUGGCGUGGCACCUUCACAGCCUUCCCCACCCAACCUAGAGCAAGCAUGUAUAAAUUCGCUUAGUCUAGGAUGGUCUAAACAGCCUCUUGAGGAAACGUUUACCCUUCAGAUGGAAGAUUCAAUGAAUGGAUAUGGCUUUCGGCCAGUGUAUAAUGGCAGUGACACAAAAUACGAGUGUCAAGGCCUCAGAAGAAAUGCUGAUUAUAAGUUUAGGCUGUUUUCCCACAAUGAAGAAGGCACAUCACUUCCUUCGGAUAUUGUUUGUUACCGCACACUGCCUGACCGCCCAAAACCACCCUCCCCUGUGAGCGUAAAAGGUCGGCCCAAAUCAAACAGGUUGUUGUUAACCUGGUCACCUCCUGCCGACCAUGGGGGCUCCACAGUGACAGACUAUAGUCUGGAAAUCGACAGAGGCAGUGGUUUUGAGCUCAUUUACUCUGGGAAAGACACUGAGUUUGAAUGUUUGAACCUCGAACCGGGAAAGAGCUACCAAGUACACGUUUUAUGCAUAAGUUUAGGCGGCCUGAGUGACUGGAGUGAAACUGCGGUGGUGACCACAGAGGCAGUGCACCCGGGUGUCUGCCAGCCUCCUCAUGUAUUGGGGAAACCUAAGGCUUCCAUGCUGCAGCUAAAAUGGGCCCAUCCUGAAUAUAAUGGUGGAGCCACUGUUACCGAAUUCCAAGUGGAGAUGACAGCACCAGACAAUGAGAGAAGGCAGGUCUACUGUGGCCGAGACCUGGAAUGCACUGUUGCAAGCUUACUACCAGGUCGGCCGUAUAUCUUCCUCGUGCGUUGUGUAAAUCGAAUGGGACCAGGGCCAUGGUCAGAGCCUCUCGAGGUUGUGAGUGGUGCUGGCCCCCCUGAUGCACCCCACUCCCUACACCUGGCUUGCCGUGGCCCACACUCUGUCCACCUGGCCUGGGAGGAACCUAUAAACAACGGAGCUGCUAUUGAGCAGUAUAGCGUUCAAGUUGCAGAGGUCUCAUGUCCUCAUGCAGAGUCCUCAGAAUCUUCAUCAACAUGUGGGGACCCUGAGUCUGACUUGACAUUCAACAAUGCGUACACUGGGUCUACACCAACUGCAGAAGUGCGCAACUUGGCCCCUGCUACCACCUAUGCCUUUAGAGUGUCCUGCAGCAAUAGUGCUGGGGUAGGCCCUUGGUCACCCAUCUCAACUGUUACAACACCUGCUGCCCCGCCUGCUCCCGUGGCCUACAUCUCGUCCUCUCCAGCAGCUACAUCCGUGACCCUCUUAUGGGGAGAGCCUGCCAACCAUGGAGAUCCUAUCACACACUAUGUAAUCGAGAUUGGAGAUCGCACAGUCACCACACCUGGGCCAGAUACAGAAUACACCAUCGAAGACCUCAUGCCAGAGACUUUAUACAAAGUACGCAUUCAGGCCAUCAACAGUGUUGGUCCUGGAGGUCUGAGUGCAGUGCACAAGGUGACCACGAGGCCACACCCACCCACGCCUCCUACCAUUGAGCUUGUUAGGGCAUCCUACAACUCUCUGCGGCUCAAGUGGGGUGAUGGGCGCAAUUCAGACCUCCUUGUGUACUCUCUGCAGAUGGAGUUUCCCAAUCCUCAUAGUCAUACCACAGAGUUCUAUCAGGUGUAUAAUGGAACAAACCAGAACUUCAAGGUAGUUCGGCUUGAAGAGAACACUCUAUACCGGCUUCGAAUCUGCGCAAGCAAUGAAGCUGGAGUGGGUCCUUAUUCUCCUGUGGUUGAGCUGCGCACAACCAAGGCCCCACCACCACCCCCCAAAGCUCCACGGGUGACAGAGGUUGCAGAUGGAAACCAUCUGGUUGAGUGGUGCAGUGUACGAUGCCCAGGGGAGGACUCAAUCACAUACCGUCUGCAGGUGCUACAGGCUGGAAAGGACCAGGAUUACUCUACGGUCUUCACUGGCAGCGAAACUUCAUAUGAGUUGAGGGAUCUGGAGCCCCACAGUGGGUACUUUGUCCGCGUGUGUGGAGUUCGUGUGUGCAGUGAUGGAGAGAGGAUGGCUGGCGCAUACUCUUCUCCUAUGCUGUUCAACACUCCAAAACCACCGCCUGUCACCACCAUGAAGACGUCUACCAAUCCAACACAGGAAACGGGACUACACUGGCACAGGCUGAGUGACCAAAACAAGGCGUUUGCCAUCCUUCUUGUCUUCUCCAUCUUCUGUGCCAUUGCUGCCAUUGGCUUGCACCACUUCGUGGCCCCCAAUGCAGAGCGGUAACCCAGAGACAACUUGUAUCUUCAGGUUUUAAAAAUAAAAUUGUGGAAGAAAUGUAGCUGGAUGGAUCCUGCAGUAAAUGACCAAGACCCACAUGUGAAGUAAGCAGGCAUUAUGCAGCUGCUGCAGAAGGACUGUUGGAGACCACAAAACACAGAAAACCUCGACUUCUUUCCAUAUCGUGUUCAGAGAGGGUAAAGGUGCAGAUGUUGUUGCACACUUGAUGUGUGGCCAAAGUAUAUUAUGGUAAAAUUUAGCCUGUAGGCUUCAUACAAGCAGGGUCUGAUUAUUGUUUUUUUCAUUAAUAGUGAAUUUUUUAUAAUCAAAUGAGAGUCUAAAGGUACAUUAAAAAUCUGGUACUGGACAAAUGUCUUGCAGAUUUAUUGUUUGAUAUUAGAGGUUUAGGCUUUUUAUACAAAAUGCUUUCUUUCACAUACAAAAAGAUAAAAGAUUACUCUGUAGGAAAGAUCCAAAAUACUAGCAUAGUCAUAGUAUUAUGAAAUGUAUUGUCGUAAACCUACAAAACUGGUAUGUAGUGAGAGAUUGUCAUGAUUCCCUAUAUUCUUGUGGGUGCGGGAUGGUUACCUUCACAACAGGAUGUACCCUUCUACUCUCAUUGAAGACUUAAAUAAGGUGCUGACUUACUUUGUGCAAGAAAAAGAAAAAAAAAAAAAGAAUUAAAUAAUUAUUAGGUAAGAAAAGAAUCCCUGCUUCCCAAAAUGUAUUUUGAGCACAAAACCUUUGCUUAAUAUUAUGUGCUGCCUAAUGUGUUGUUUAUGAUGUUGUGAGAAUUAGGUUUAUAUCAUAGUCUCAGAUUUCAUUUGUUGGAUUUAUUAUUGUUAUUAUUAUGAUUAUUAUCAUUAUGAUUAUUAUUAUUAACAUAGUUAAAUUUAUAAUUUCUGUGCAGUUGUCCCAAGUGAACCACCACACAUUCCGUGAACUAAAAGAUCCACAUUUAAAUAUUCAUUUUUGUAGUUUAAGUUAGCCACACUCUGUCAUAACGGACCAAACCCAGCUGCCAUUAAUUGUAUUCUUUUUCACUUCAUACGUACUUAGGACAAGAACCAUAAUCCCUUGUGAGCAAGGCAGCUGGACUCAGUUGACUGUUCUGCUUUCCACUGCCUCCAGACGCCCAUCGUUGCAAACACUUUGGUGCUCAAUAGUGGUUGCUGUGCUGUCCCUGUGAUCUAGCAGUUCUGAGCACAGGUCGCAUCUGGUGCAGCAAUGAUGCUGCUUCUUUAAAACCCAUGUUAGAUAUCACAGUAUUUUCCUUGUGCUUUAUUCCUGUCGGUGCAAUAAGUGGUGGAUACUUCUUUGUCAACAGUAUUUAGCUCCAGGGCAUUAUUUUCCGUUGAUGGAAGGAGAAAAAAAAAAGAAAAAGAAAAAAAAAAAAGAAGCUUGGACACUGUCUACAGAGCUUUUUUAUAUUACAAGAUUCCGUCGGACUGCAAACAUCAGUUAGAACUACGACUAAAGAGAAAAAGGUUGAUGUAGAACAUUCUUUGAUUUAUUUUCCAAACUCAACUUGUGUUCUGUUCCAAUUUUUUUCUUUUGCUAGGAUAUUGUCUUUCUGUGAAUUUUCUUCACCAGAUCAAUCAUGUUGACAAAUCGGACUCCUGGUCUUGGUUGUUGCAUGGAAAGGGAAGCAGGGCACACCUCUGUCACUCUUCAUUAUUAGGUGCAAGUUGUUUUGCUGCCAUUCAUAAUGAAAAUGCCAAUCAAAUCAUAUCCCUUUGUGACACUGCAGUUGUCAAUCAUAAAUCCCAAAAUUAUUUUAGAUUCUUUGACAAAUGUAGAAGUGUCAACUGCAAAUCUCCAGUUGUUGAUAGUUGUAAUAUGACACUUGUUUCACAAUAUCCAAUAAGACAGAUGACUUGGUGUAUUUGUUUGUCUAGAGUUGAGAAGUCACUGAUUGGCUUUGUUAUGUGGCCAGUCAGCAUUGUCUAAACCCGACCAGAAGUUUACUAUUCUUCAAGACAAAUACACUUUUUAACCUAGUUGAUGCUAUAAUUGAUGUAUGCAGGCAGAUCUUAAUGGUUGGCGAGACUGUGAUGUCGUCCCAAGUCAGAGGGGUUAGAGUACGACCUUUGUUGCUCCCUUCUCUGCUGGGAGCUACGUUAAAGGGGAAGAAUAGUGUCCAAACCAUAUUUUGUAAGUUGGUAUCCUUAUAUAUAUGUAUAUUUAUAUAUAUAUCUAUAUGUGUAUAUAUAUAUAUAAAUAUCAAAAUUAUUCAGUAAAUCAUAAAUUAAGAAGAAAUUAUUUUAUAUGAAUCAAAGUAUAUGAUACUAAAUGUAUUGCUCUUGUAACUGGUACUGGUAGCUUGCUUCUUUGUAUUCCUUCAUACAUAGUGUGUUUGAAUGUUACAACUAUUGCACAAUUUUAUGGUAAACUUCCAAAGAUGUAUUUAGGAUUUAUAUUAUGAGCUGCAUACAUGGGGUUUUUAAAAGUAUAUAUAUUUUUCUUUUCCUUUUUCUUUUUUUAGCAUUAUAUUUUUUUGGCCAGAGAUUAAUAGAUAGGGAUAAGUUUUGGGUAAUUAGAGUUGUCCUUAUAGAGAGAUUUUUUAUAAAUUUGAUUAAUCAAAUGUACUCUCUCAUGGUGACUGGAAGGUCAGUGAGACUUAUUCCAUUCCAAGUAUCAGUUGUGUUGAAGGAACUCUCGGAAGAGAGCUGGGAACAGUGUAAAGCUAGAGUGUGUCAGCUGAAGAGACUAAGGUAUAGGAGUGAUAAUACAGCAGGAGGCAGGCUGCUUUUCUAUUCAUUUAUUUUUUUUAAUUCUCUGUUUUCACAAUUUACAGUGAUGCUGUAAUUAUGGUUGUCAUCCUUUUUUCUGAAAAACCGGGCAUUUAUGCUGUGAUACCAACAAGGACUGUUUGGAAGUCGAUUUGCUUUGCUGACAACAUAAACAGUUAGGGUAAUCAUGGUCUUGGUUAGGAUCAACACAUGAUCUUGGGAUGGAAUCAGUCUCAGUGCAACCAUCAAUCAAUCUUGUUAUCUGUAUUGUUCCACAUGUGGGUUGGACUGAUAUCUCACUCGGGCUCUGCAAGGUUAGAGGGAGUUGUGCAACACUAGAGCGAUGGCAGGGGCCAUGAUGGUGUCUAAUAAGGCAAAAAAAUAUAUAUUUAAAAAAUAAUUAAACCAGGUUGUUGUUGAUGUUGUUAUAAAGGUACAUAACUUGGAUGAUAUGACAGUUGAGUGAGAUGAUUGUCUGAACUCUUGUUAGGUAGGGGUUAGCUUUGCACUAUGUUGAUGUUUUGUUCACCUUAGUUCAUGUUUUGGCCCUCAAGUAUAUUUUUGGAUAAGUGACAAUUAGCAUUCUAAGACUUUGUGUACCAUAGCCUUGUGUAAGUAUAUCAUAAAAAUAUUCUUUAUACAUAAUAGUACUAUAAGUAAAAAAAAUGUAUACUCUCAUAUUGCCUGCAGAUAUGAAUUAUAUUCUAUAUAUUAUAUUUUGUUUUAAUGUUUCCAUAGUUCUAGCAUUCAUCAAGUGAAAGUGCAUUUAUGUAAAGGGAAUGUGAAAUGUACAUCAAAAGUUAAUAUCAUGGGAACAAAACACACAGCCUCACUCCACAGGCUGCUUCCUAUGACCUGUUCCCAGGCAGGUGUGCAGAGAAUCUGAGAUACUUUUGAAAUGGAAUGCUGGUGUCGGGCUUCAGAAUUCAGAGGGUUUUUCUAAGACACAACUUCACCUGCCUCGAUUCAGCCUCUGUUCUAAUAUCACUUUGCCAUUCCAAAAUAAACUAUACAUGGAAAGGAA